GGGUAACAUAGUAGUUCGAUGUGCGAUAUGAUGGGAAUUUUACUGCCUACGACGGGUUUUUUCUAAACGAGGCUAUGGUUGUUGAUGGUGGGGAUGCCAGGCUCCACGUAAAGAAUCAAAACAGAAGAUAGUCGUUUCCUCAUCUGGCGAGGCAUUUCCGAAAGUUCGUGUACUAAAAAAAAGAUGGCGGACGUGGAAAUUGAUGUUGGGGGUGAGAUGCAAAAUCCACAAUCACAACAAAAACAAAAAUCUGGAAAUGGGCUUGAAUUUCUACAAAUACCGCUUAACAACCUAGGAUAUCCGCAAGCUCAUGAAUGGAUUGAACAUAGGAAAGCUAAUGUUAGGCCAUGGUCUGUGUUUCUUAAUACAAGCAACAUAAAAUGUCCACCUAACUUAUCGAGAUUAAACAAAAGAAUUAUUAGAAAUAUUGAAUAUUUCCAGAGCAACUAUUUAUUUGUGUUCAUUGGAUUAGUUAUAUAUUGCUUGGUUACUUCACCAUUAUUGCUACUUACUGUAGCAGCAUCUCUUGGAACUUGUUAUAAAGUUUCACAGCGGCAUGCUAAACAAGAACUUAUGUUUUUAAAUAAAUUAUCAUUAGCUCAAAUUUAUACCUUGAUUGCAAUUUUCACAUUACCAGUCUUUAUUCUGGUUGGUGCAGGUGCAGCUCUUUUCUGGGUUCUUGGCGUGUCAUGGUUUCUAAUAACUUUACACGCAGCUGUUUAUAACAUUGAUUCUGUAUUAUGUCCAGGAGAAGAUGAACUCAAUGCUUUAGUUAUGCAAGAAGUAUGACUUAUAUUAUAAUUAUAUUGACUGUAUUAUAUUAGAUGUAUAUAAUAGAGAAUAUAUGAAUUAAUUUUAACAAAAUAUAAGUAAACAUUUAUACUAUACAUUGAUAAUAUAAAAUAUUUAUAUUGUUAACAUUUAAAAAAUAUACAAGUCUUAAUACAAUGUAUGUAUUUCAUUAAAAAAUAAUGAAUUAUGUAGAAAUAUGUGAAAGGAGAAAAUUUAUAAACUAUUUAUUUAUAUUAAAAACCAAAAAAUAAUUUG